ACCAUGGCCAAAGGAUUCUACAUAUCCAAGGCCCUGGGCAUCCUGGGCAUCCUCCUGGGCGUGGCAGCCAUAGCCACUGUCAUCGCUCUGUCUGUGCUGUAUGCCCAGGAGAAGAACAAGAAUGCCGGGUACGCCACCACCGUGGCCCCUACGAGCCCCGCGACCACCAUCACUGCGGCCACCACCUUGGACCAGAGCAAGCCGUGGAACCGAUACCGCCUACCCACGACACUGUUGCCCGACUCCUACAAAGUGACACUGAGGCCCUACCUCACUCCCAAUGAGAAUGGCCUGUAUAUCUUCAAGGGCAGAAGCAUCGUCCGCUUCAUCUGCAAGGCCCGCACUGACGUCAUCAUCAUCCAUAGCAAGAAGCUCAACUACACCACAAUCCAGGGGCACAUGGUGGUCCUGCGGGGCGUGGGGGCCUUCUCGGCCCCCGACAUCGACAGGACCGAGCUGGUAGAGCCCACGGAGUAUCUGGUGGUACACCUCAAGGGCUGGCUGGAGGCAGGCAGAAUGUAUGAGAUGGAGAGUGAAUUUCAGGGGGAGCUGGCCGACGACCUGGCAGGCUUCUACCGCAGCGAGUACAUGGAAGGCAAUGUCAAAAAGGUGGUGGCCACGACACAGAUGCAGUCUACAGAUGCCCGGAAAUCCUUCCCGUGCUUUGACGAGCCGGCCAUGAAGGCCACAUUUAACAUCACCCUCAUCUACCCCAAGGAACUCACGGCCCUGUCCAACAUGCCGCCUAAAGGUCCCAGUGUCCCGUUUCCAGAAGACCCCAACUGGAGGGUCACUGAGUUCAAAACCACGCCUGUAAUGUCCACAUACCUUCUGGCCUACAUCGUGAGCGAGUUCACGAGUGUGGAGACAAUGGCACCCAACAACGUCCAGGUCCGGAUCUGGGCUCGGCCUAAUGCAACUGCAGAGAACCAUGGCAGUUAUGCCCUGAACGUGACAGGUCCCAUCCUAAACUUCUUUGCCAAUCAUUUUGAUACACCCUACCCACUCCCAAAAUCUGACCAGGUUGCCUUGCCCGACUUCAACGCCGGUGCCAUGGAGAACUGGGGGCUGGUGACCUACCGGGAGAACUCGCUGCUGUUUGACCCACAGGCCUCCUCCAGCAGCAACAAAGAGCGGGUUGUCACUGUGAUUGCUCACGAGCUGGCCCACCAGUGGUUUGGGAACCUGGUGACCCUGGCCUGGUGGAAUGAUCUUUGGCUGAACGAGGGCUUUGCCUCCUACGUGGAGUACCUGGGUGCUGACUAUGCAGAGCCCACCUGGAACCUGAAAGACCUCAUGGUGCCGAACGAUUUGUACCAUGUGAUGGCUGUGGACGCGCUGGCCUCCUCCCACCCCCUGACCACCCCUGCCGAGGAGGUCAACACACCCGCCCAGAUCAGCGAGAUGUUUGACUCCAUCUCCUACAGCAAGGGAGCCUCGGUCAUCAGGAUGCUUUCUGAGUUCCUGACUGAGGACCUGUUCAGGAAGGGCCUGGCGUCCUACUUGCAUGCCUUUGCCUAUCAGAACACCACCUACCUGGACCUGUGGGAACACCUGCAGAUGGCUGUAAACAAUCAGUCGACCGUCAGGCUGCCAGACACCGUACGUGCCAUCAUGGACCGCUGGACCCAGCAGAUGGGCUUCCCUGUCAUCACUGUGGACACCAAGACAGGGAGCAUCUCCCAGAAGCACUUCCUCCUUGACCCCGAGUCCAAAGUCACCCGCCCCUCAGUGUUCAACUACCUGUGGAUUGUUCCCAUCUCAUCUAUCAGAAAUGGCAACCUGCAGGACCACUACUGGCUGCAGGGCAACUCAACAGCCCAGCAUAAUCUGUUCAAAACCAGACCAGAAGAGUGGGUCCUGCUUAACGUCAACGUGACGGGCUAUUACCAGGUGAACUACGAUGAGGACAACUGGAGGAAGAUUCAGAAUCAGCUGCAGAGAAGACCACUGACCAUCCCUGUCAUCAAUCGGGCACAGGUCAUCUACGACAGCUUCAACCUGGCCAGUGCCCGUAUAGUCCCUGUCACCCUGGCGCUGAACAACACCCUCUUCCUGAACAACGAGAGAGAGUACAUGCCCUGGCAGGCCGCCCUGAGCAGCCUGAGGUACUUCAAGCUCAUGUUCGACCGAUCCGAGGUCUACGGCCCCAUGAAGAAUUACCUCAGGAAUCAGGUUGAACCCCUCUUCCUAUAUUUUGAAAAUCUCACCAAAAACUGGACUGAGCGCCCAGAAAGCCUGAUGGACCAGUACAAUGAGAUUAAUGCCAUCAGCACUGCCUGCUCCAAUGGGCUGCCUAAGUGUGAGGAGCUGGCCAAGAACCUUUACAACCAGUGGAUGGAGAACCCCCAAAAUAACCCGAUCCACCCCAACCUGCGGUCCACCAUCUACUGCAACGCCAUCGCCCAGGGCGACCAGAAAGAGUGGGACUUCGCCUGGAGGCAGUUACAACAAGCCCAACUGGUUAAUGAAGCUGACAAACUCCGCUCAGCGCUGGCCUGCACCAACCAGGUCUGGCUCCUGAACAGGUACCUGAGUUACACCCUGAACCCAGACCUCAUCCGGAAGCAGGAUGCCACCUCCACCAUUAACAGCAUUGCCAGCAACGUCCUCGGGCAAUCUCUGGCCUGGGACUUUGUCCAGAGCAACUGGAAGAAACUCUUUCAGGAUUACGGCGGUGGUUCCUUUUCCUUCUCCAACCUCAUCCAGGCUGUGACCCGAAGAUUCUCCACUGAGUUAGAGCUGCAGCAGCUGGAGCAGUUCAAGAAGAACAACAUGGAUGUAGGCUUCGGCUCAGGCACCCGAGCUCUGGAGCAAGCCCUGGAGAAGACCAGAGCCAACAUCAAGUGGGUGAAGGAGAACAAGGAGGUGGUGUUAAAGUGGUUCACAGAACACAGCUAA